AACGGGUCAGGUCGAACGCAGAGAACCCCGUGGGCAGCAAGUCGCAACCCACCAUAAAAACCCCCUCCGAAUCGCUCUCCGUCUGAUCGGACGACGCCGCCGCCGCAUCCACCACCAGCGCAGCGCCCGCCGGCUCCUCCGCCGCACCGGCAGCUCGCACCGCCUUUCGCCCAUCGGCGAAGCGAUAGAGAAGCGUUCGGUUUCGUAGUCGCGAGAUCUGCGAGCUGCGAAGAUGGGACUGAUCAGGAGCUGCUUCUCGUUCUUAGCAGGGACGGCCUUCGGCGUCUACGUGGCUCAGAACUACAACGUGCCCAACAUCAAGAAGCUCACGGGCACCGGUCUUCUGAUCGCGAAGCACAUCGAAGAGACUUACCGGAAGCCCAAGAAGAGAGACGACGACGACGAUUAGGAUCGCGUUACCGAGAGAUUGCCGUUCAAGGAUUUGCGGGUUUUCCUCACCCCUUUUUUUUUUUUUUCAUUUUUGGUGUUCUUUAGGAUAACAUUGAUUUUGUCGAUUCCCCAUAGUAUGCGAUUGCGGAUGGGUCCUGAAU